UGCUCGGCGAGAGCGCGGGGACACGGGAGCUGCGCUGGACCGGAGCGGUUUUCCCAAGCAGCCGCCAGGCUCAGCUCCACUCCUGGCCCCGUCACGCAGCCCAGGGACUUGCUAUGGCCACGUCUAUACUUGGGGAAGAGCCGCGCUUCGGAACGACCCCAUUGGCCAUGCUGGCGGCGACCUGCAACAAGAUUGGCAAUACGAGCCCGCUGACUACGCUGCCUGAGUCGAGCGCCUUCGCCAAGGGCGGCUUCCACCCCUGGAAGCGCUCCUCGUCCAGCUGCAACCUCGGCUCUAGCCUCUCCGGCUUCGCGGUGGCCACUGGUGGCCGCGGCUCAGGCGGCCUGGCGGGUGGCUCAGGCGCAGCCAACAGCGCCUUCUGCCUGGCCUCUACGUCCCCCACGUCGUCCGCGUUCAGCAGCGACUACGGCGGCCUCUUCUCCAACUCAGCGGCAGCCGCGGCGGCAGCAGCCGGUGUGUCCCCGCAGGAGGCAGGUGGCCAGUCGGCCUUCAUCUCCAAGGUGCACACCACAGCGACCGAUGGCCUGUACCCGCGCGUGGGCAUGGCGCACCCGUACGAGUCGUGGUACAAGUCAGGCUUUCACUCUACACUGGCAGCGGGCGAGGUGACCAACGGCGCGGCGUCGUCUUGGUGGGACGUGCACAGCAGCCCGGGCUCGUGGCUGGAGGUGCAGAACCCCGCUGGGGGGCUCCAGAGCUCGCUGCACUCGGGCGCCCCCCAGGCCUCGCUGCACUCGCAGCUCGGCACCUACAACCCCGACUUCAGCUCGCUCACUCACUCGGCCUUCAGUUCCACCGGCCUCGGCUCCUCCGCUGCCGCCUCGCACUUGCUCUCCACCAGCCAGCACCUGCUGACCCAGGACGGCUUCAAGCCGGUACUUCCCUCCUACUCAGACUCCAGUGCAGCUGUGGCUGCUGCCGCUGCUAGCGCCAUGAUCUCGGGAGCCGCGGCCGCCGCCGCCGGGGGGAGCUCCGCGCGCUCCGCCCGUCGCUACUCCGGCCGCGCCACCUGCGACUGCCCCAACUGUCAGGAGGCUGAGAGGUUGGGCCCGGCCGGGGCGAGCCUGCGGCGCAAGGGCCUGCACAGCUGCCACAUCCCGGGCUGCGGCAAGGUGUAUGGCAAGACGUCGCACCUGAAGGCACACCUGCGCUGGCACACGGGUGAACGGCCCUUCGUGUGCAACUGGCUCUUCUGCGGUAAGCGCUUCACACGCUCGGACGAGCUACAGCGGCACCUGCGGACUCACACAGGGGAGAAGCGCUUCGCCUGUCCGGUAUGCAACAAGCGCUUCAUGCGCAGCGACCACCUGAGCAAACACAUUAAGACGCACAACGGGGGUGGCGGGGGCAAAAAGGGGAGCGACAGUGACACGGACGCCAGCAACCUGGAGACGCCCCGCUCGGAGUCCCCUGACCUUAUCCUGCACGACUCCGGUGUCAGUGCUGCCAGGGCAGCGGCUGCGGCUGCGGCGGCAGCAGCGGCUGCGGCAGCGGCGGCAGCCUCAGCAGGAGGCAAGGAAGCAGCGUCUGGCCCCAGCGACUCUUAGAGGGCUUGGCGUGAGGCGCGAGCGAGUAGAGACACCGAGAGCGAGCGGAGCGGAGAAGUUCGAAAGGCGAGCAAGCGGAGAACGGGCCGGGGCUCCGGUGACGCCGCUGGGCCGGCGCGAGAUGGAGCAGUAACCGACUCUCCAGCUACUCUUCGCCGGCCACGCCUGGAGCUUCCUGCUGCUGUCCGAGCCCACAAGAGAAUCGAACGCAUGGUCCAGGAACAAAAGCGAACCACCCUCCAACACAAGCACUUAAAAACUUUACACAGAAACAUACAUACACACACCGGAGACCUACAACUAAAAGCACGCACACUCGCGCACAAACACACCACUCGCACAAACUUCUUGAGAGAAGAGCAAUACACAGAAACGCUCCCUCCUCCUCCACCGCCCACCCCCUCCACCAACCUCCUCUUUCCUUUUCUCCAAAAACAAGCCACUACCCUGCAAAGGACUGUCAGAACAUUUGAAAACAAAUGGGACCUAAAAAACAGACCCUUUGUGUGGAUUAUAUUAUAUAUAAAAAUGCUCCAAGUCCUGCUUGAUAUCUACUUACAAUGAGACUUUUUUCCCUAAAAAAAGGAAGCAUCAAAAAAAGCUUAAGGUGAGAAAUUAAACUGGAAGUCUAGUGACAGUUUCUCUGUAUUUCAUAACUUCUGUAUAAAUAGGGUUCAAAAGAUUGUGUUUUCUUUUAUUUUCUUGUAAAUGUUCAUUCGAAUAGAGGGGUUUUUUUGGUGAAUUCCUGAAAUUCAGGGAGUUUUUUUCUUUAAUUUUCUGAUGCACUUUGUGAAAGUCAGUAUAUAUGUAAAAGAUAUUUAAAAUGUUGAGUUAUCAUUUCACUCACAAAAACGUAAGUUAAAGUCAUCUAAAGAAAUUAAAUGCGUUUACCUGUAUGAAGAAAAUCUUGACAUCAUAUUUUCAUUUUGGUAUUAUUAAAGGACUCUGAACAAUACACUUCCUUUUUUUAAUCCUGUUCCUCAAUAACUUUUAUGUGGGUCCACUAUUUUGGGUUGGGAAAAAAAUUCCCUUAAUGUUAGUUUUAGGUAAUGUAAGGUUCAUGUAAGUUAUGAAAGCCAUAAACAUAUACAUUUUUUGAGGAGUCAAAAUUAUUUAUUUGUAUA